UCGGACAAGAUCACGACCGCCAGCUCCGUCUAUGCGGCUAAUCCUGCACGAAAAAACAACUGUUUUUCUUACGUUAUAUGUAUAGAUUAAUACAUUAAGACUACAGCUAACGCUUCAGUGUUUGUUUGAGGAGGCAGAAAACAGCAACCAUCGACAAAAAGACGAGAAGAUGUCUGGAAAAGACAGGAUCGACAUAUUCCCCUCCAGAAUGGCUCAGACCAUCAUGAAAGCUCGGCUGAAAGGGGCGCAGACCGGCCGCAACCUGCUUAAGAAGAAAUCUGAUGCCCUCUCCAUGCGCUUCCGUCAGAUCCUUCGUAAAAUUAUUGAGACUAAGACCAAGAUGGGAGAGGUGAUGAGAGAGGCGGCCUUCUCCUUGGCUGAAGCCAAAUUUGCAGCUGGAGACUUCAGCACAACUGUAAUCCAGAAUGUCAACAAAGCCCAAGUGAAGGUCCGAGCCAAGAAAGACAACGUGGCAGGUGUGACCCUACCAGUAUUUGAGCACUACCAAGAAGGCGGGGACAGCUAUGAGCUGACUGGUCUGGCCAGAGGAGGAGAGCAGCUCUCCAGGUUGAAGAGGAACUAUGCCAGAGCUGUCGAGCUGCUGGUGGAGUUGGCCUCCUUACAGACAUCCUUUGUCACUCUGGAUGAGGCCAUAAAAAUUACCAACCGCCGUGUGAAUGCCAUUGAGCAUGUGAUCAUCCCCAGGAUUGAUCGCACCCUCACCUACAUCAUCACAGAACUGGACGAGAGAGAACGAGAGGAAUUCUACAGGCUGAAAAAGAUCCAAGAGAAGAAGAAGCAGCUCAGGGAAAGGACAGAACUGGAGAUUGCAGCCCGCCUGGCUAAGCUGGGUCCCAUUGCAGAGCCCGCCAACAUGCUGACAGAGGAGAUGGAUGAAGACCUGCUGUUUGAGUGACGGGCUUCUUCAGGUCGAUGGUCACUGACUUCACCAAUCAUCCUAUUUAUUCUGUGCCUCUCUGGCCAAGUCUAUGUCUUCUCGUGCAAAUGAUGAAAGUUGUUUUUUGUGUACUUGUCGUUGAUGAUUUGUUCUAUCGUAUCAGAGCUGGGAGGUACUGUGUGUUUCAACAUGUGUCACCGAACAGAACCAAAGUGUUGUCGCACUUGGCGGUUACACAAAAGGGAGUCGGUUAACUGUUAUAAAAUAAUCUAAAUAAUAGAGUGUUUACACAUGGUUUGCGAGUGACAUUAAAAAAGCAUUCCGUGUGACUGAUCAACUUGUAGAUACUUCAGUUUGCUCACAACUUAGAGCCAUUGCAUGCUGUAAAGCUUAAGGUGGUUGUAGAUUUCAAAUGUGGGAGUCUGUGUUGUGGAGGCCCGUCCCGCUGCUGAUCUCAUAUCACAGGGUUUGUUGUUUCCUCAUUUGAUGAGGAUGUUUACCACUGCACCAGAACCCCUAAUGUGACCCCGCUGUAAAAUCUGUGCAAGUCAACAAGGCCCAAGACUUCAUCCAAAUAAAGAUGUUCUAAAUAUUCAA